CACUCGAGAGAUGAAAAUGGUCGAUGCCCAAAGAAGGCCUUUCUUUCUUAUUUCAGCCCCCAUUACACCAUGUUCCUUCGAAACGCACUCUCCGCCGUGCUGACCAUCGCAGCAUGUGCAUCUUUCUACGGGGUCGAGGCAUCUGAGGCAUCCAAAAGUCUAACGGGAUCCGACUUUGCAUCAGCCAUUGCCAAAGGCACCACCUUCGUCAAGUUUUACUCGCCACAAUGUCCCCAUUGUCAAGUGCUUGCACCAACAUGGGAGCAACUCGCAGUUGAUCACCUAGGAUUGGCACAAACAAAGAACUUCAAGUUUGCUGAAGUCAAUUGUCUCAUCGAAGGCGAUGUCUGUGAGGACAACGAUGUUAGAGGAUACCCCUCUUUGCAGUUAUUCAAGGAUGGAAAGAAUGUCCAGGUUUACAAAGGUAGCAGAUCUAUCGAGGAGCUGGGCGACUUUGUGGAGACCAAGGCUGACGAAUACUACAGCAAAAAUCAGAACGUCCGCAGCGAUAUCAACUCUGAUAUCAACCCGCUUGGACAGGUCAUUGUGCUGGACUCCAAGAACUACGAGUCCUCUUUGAAGGACGGUCAGCCUUGGUUGGUCGAGUAUUACGCUCCUUGGUGCGGUCAUUGCAAGGCGCUUGCUCCUGUCUACGAAGAGCUGGCCAUGGCCUUGAAGGGUAAAGUCAACGUAGCCAAGGUCGAUUGCCCAGCUAACGAGGUUAUCUGCCGGUCACAGAAGGUCCGCGGAUACCCUACCAUCAAGCUUCACCAACAUGGCCAGGCCACCGACUUUAACAAGCAGCGCACACUUGAGUCGCUGUCCGCAUUCGCACUUGGUGCCACUGAGCCUUCGAUUAAACCCAUCGACCUUGGAGAUCUGCAGGAUAUUAAGAGCAGCCCUGAUGUUGCAUUCAUCUACCUGUACGACGACAACACGAGCAAAGACAUUACCAGCGUCAUUGAGAAGCAAUCCCAGAUCUUUUACGAGCAGGUCGCCAUCCACUCUGCUGCAGACCCUGUCAUUGCCCGCCAGCUCUCGGUUACAAAGGUUCCCGCAUUGGCUGUACUGAAAGACGAGCGCCAGUAUGAGUUCUCGGGUUCGCUCUCAGAUGCACGUGCUGUCCAAUCGUGGAUCGAGUUGGUCAGGUCACCCCUGGUGCCACUUGUGACGAGCUCGAACACUGCCGCGGUGUUGAACUCUCCCGGAUGGGUGGUUCUGGGAAUCUUUGAUCCAUCAAAGCCUUCAACGGCUGCUGCGCGUCGUGCCUUGAUCGAGACUGCGCACGCAUACAAGAAGCAAUUGAGCAGUGGCGAGCGUUCGUUGUUGGAUGGAAGACCUGUGCGGUUCGCGAUGUUGGACGCGACAAAGUGGACGAACUAUAUUAGGAACGCGCUGAACAUCGAGCUGUUGAACCUGCCAGUGUUUGUUGCGGUCAACAGCCAGAACGAAGUGUUUUAUCCACAUGGAACGGAUGGCCGUCGUGUGCCGCUUGAUGAGGUGGCGUUGCUGCAGUACGUUGCAGACAUGGAGGCGGGCAGGUUGGAGGAGCAAUCAAUGUUGUCGUAUGUGCAAAAGACGUUCAGACGAGUCACUGAAAGGGUCUCGUCUGUUUUUGGAUUCGUGGGCGACCAUCCAUAUGUGACGAUGAUUCUGGGAACGGCCCUAAUGUAUGGCAUUAUCCGCAAGAUUGGAGGCAGUGGAUCCGAGUCGCGCCCUGAAGGUCUCGCCAAGGCGGACUGAGGCGGUUCGUUUGGAACCGUAUAGCAGUAUUCCGACGUCAGGAAAUAAAUACAGCGCUUUAUCUUUUUCAUUGACGAUCUAAUCGUCGAGCCCAUGAAAGAAGCGUUUCGCUUUCAUCCAG